AAGAGAAAUCUCCCAGGAAGCACAAGGUCCCGCUGACAGCCUCAGAGGCUCUCAAGUUUUUCAAGAACCAGCUCUCUACUUAUGAGCAAAGUGAAAUCCUGGGCUACACAGAGCUGUGGUUCCUGGGCCUGGAAGCGAAGAAGCUGAAUGUGCCAUCGGAGAACUUUGGCGCAUCCAGUUUCGACGAUGAACACGGCUCCUAUAUGAAGGUCCUACACGACCACAUUGCCUAUCGCUACGAGGUUCUGGAGAUGAUCGGGAAAGGGUCCUUCGGGCAGGUGGCCAAGUGCCUGGAUCACAAAAACAACGAGUUCGUGGCCCUGAAGAUCAUCAGGAACAAGAAGAGGUUCCAUCACCAGGCCCUGGUGGAGCUGAAGAUCUUAGAAGCCCUCCGGAGGAAGGACAAGGACAAUAGUCACAACGUGGUCCACAUGAAGGAGUUCUUCUACUUCCGCAACCACCUCUGCAUCACCUUCGAACUCCUGGGAAUCAACUUGUACGAGUUGAUGAAGAACAACAGCUUCCAAGGCUUCAGUCUGUCCAUAGUGCGCCGCUUCACCCUCUCGGUUCUCAAGUGCUUGCAGAUGCUCUACGUAGAGAAAAUCAUCCACUGUGAUCUCAAGCCCGUGAGUACGGCUCCCCGCAGCCACCGGGCCAGCCUCCAUGACCGGGCCUUUGCAAGGCGGAGGCUGAACGGUAUUAGUGGGCUGGGAAGUGAG